AUGGAUAACGAAUUAAAUGUAACAUAUAUAACUUUUGAUGGGCAUGUGGAAGUGCAGAAAUACAGAUAUCUUUAUUUUGUGAUCAUGUUUACAGCAUAUAUUUUAAUAAUUUGCAGUAAUUCCACUAUUGUGGGCAUCGUAGUGAUUAACAAAGCCCUCCAUGAACCUAUGUACAUUUUCAUUGCAGCGUUGUUAAUCAACUCUGUUCUUUACAGCACUGCUAUCUAUCCAAAGCUUUUGAUUGACUUUUUAUCUGAAAAACAGAUCAUAUCUUAUUCAGCCUGUCUCUUUCAGUGGUUUAUAUAUUACACUCUAGCCAUUUCAGAAUUCUUCCUGUUGUCAGUCAUGGCUUAUGACAGAUAUGUGUCUAUAUGUAAACCUCUGCAAUAUCCAACGAUCAUGACAAAAAAAACUGUUUAUGUUUUCCUGAUUUUAGCUUGGAUUCUACCUGCUUGUCAGUUUUCAGUGGGACCGUUACUAAUUGCAAAUAAAAAGCUCUGUUAUUUUAUUUUAAAAGGGAUCAUUUGCAACAGCACAAUUCAGAAACUCCACUGUCUGAGUUCAACAGUGCUGAAUAUAUAUGGCUUGAUUGUGUUUGUAAGUGCUGUACCUCUUCCUCUUCUCUUUAUACUUUUUACAUACACAAGGAUAUUUAUAAUAACAUAUCAAAGUAGUAGAGAAGUCAGGAGAAAAGCUGCACAGACCUGUUUACCCCACCUGUUGGUUCUAAUCAACUUUUCCUGUUUGACUACAUAUGAUGUACUUCUAGCUCGACUAGAAACCGAUUUUUCCAAAACUGUUUAUUUAAUUAUGUCUUUACAAAUGAUUUUGUAUCAUCCUCUUUUUAAUCCGAUCAUUUAUGGACUGAAAAUGAAAGACAUUUUUAAACACCUGGAGAGAUUGUUCAUCAUCCUCUCCACUCGCUUCCCGUACCUCCAGUCAGCUGGCCUCACCGUUCGGUCCCCCUCGCACGGCUCUCCACUUCAUCCUGCUCUGCUCCUGCCCUGCCCUGCCCUCGUUCCUGCUUCCAGCCACCCUCCACCUCGACUCCCCUCUUCCCCGGACUCCAGUGCCUCCUCUUCGGCCCCCUUGGUCCCGGUUCCCCUGCGCAUCCCCGCUAGCUCCCUCACCAUCCUAGCCCUACAGCCUCCCUCUGCAUUCCCUCACCAUCCUACCCUACAGCUUACCCCUGCAUUCCCUCACCAUCCUAGCUCUACAGUCUCCCUCCGCAUUCCCUCACCAUCCUAG